GUCCCGUCAGAUUCCCUCCCCCCGCCCCGUGUCGUCCUUCUCCGUCCCCGCCCCAUCCCUCUCCCCACCCCAGUACUAGAGGAGGAGAGCCUCUAGGCAGCAAGCAGUUCGCAGUUCCCACCCACCAAACCAACCUCCUCCUCCCCCAUCAUCCUCUUCUUGGCUUCUCCUUGUGCCUUGUUCGUCCCCAAAAGGGCAAGAGCCGACGCGAGGGAAGGGAAGCAGUAGCAGCACGAGCUACGCGGCUGCCAUCCCGCAGCUACUCCAAACAGCAACGUCCUAGCCGACGAGAGCCUCCGCCACCUACCCACCUACUCCCGCCCGUCGCCUCCGCUUGGCUUUUCGUCGAGCAGUUGGUGAGCACCUAACCCCCCUGGCCGCGGCGCGGGCGAGUAAGGCGGGCGGGGGAAGCCAACGACAGCGAGCGGAGCGGGAGAGUGUGAGCCACUGAGCCGGCGUCGUCGGCACUCGUCAGUGCUUUUUUCGGGCGCCGGAGGGGAGAUGAAGAAGCUGUACCAGGGCGGCAAGGGGCGGCGGGUGCACCCGGCGCCAGCGGACGCGGCGGCGGCGGCCGUGGCGCUGCCGGCCGCCGUGCUCGCCCUGGCCUCCGCGCUGACGGCGGAGGAGCAGGAGGUGCUGGCCUACCUCCUGUCCUGCGGCGGCGCUACGGCUGCGGGCGGCCGCCCGCGCCGCCGCCGCGGGCCCCACCCGCCGGAGAUGGGCUGCGCCUGCUUUGGCUGCUACAAGAGCUUCUGGGCGCGCUGGGAUGCGUCGCCCAACCGUCACCUCAUCCACCGCAUCAUCGACGCCGUCGAGGAGGGCGGGCCCCCGCGCCGCCCUCACCGGCGCCGGCGCCGCGGUGGUCGCCGCAGCGGCGGCGACGACGGUGCCGACGAGGACGUUGCGGAGACGGGCCCCGGUGCGGACCACCUCCCGGGCUGCGACGGCGGCGUGGGGAUGGACAUGGACAUGGACCAACACCGCCACGGCGAGUACGAGGGCGACGGCGACGAGGAGGACGAGGAAGAAGAAGGGGGCAGCAGCAUGGACGGCGACGGGGACGACGCGUCGGUGGCCAGCGAGGGCGACUGCAGCGUCGGCACCGCCGAGAAGAGCACGGUGGGGAGGCUGGUGCGCUUCAUCGGGGAGAAGGUUUGGGGCGCCUGGAACUGAUUGGGCUGCCCCACCUCCGCCGCCGCUCGCCGGUUCUUGUAGAUUAGGGGGAAGGAAGGAAGGAGACCGCCAACAAGGAGGUGGAGGUCAGUACCAGUAGUAGCUGUUUUGAUCAGGGGGCGCCUCAGCUCCACGCCCUUUCCAUCUUCUUGCUUUUGUUUCAUGAUGAAUUUCUUGCACUCUGAUGAUGAGCAUGUGAGGAUUGGAGGGUGGGGGCUAAAGAUUGGCAUUAUCCCAUCCAAUUUCUGAAUUUCACCUCUCUUCUCCCCCCACUCCAUCCUCCUCUGUACCAUAUUUUUGCUCCUUUUGUUCGGUUCAGUUUUCAGUUCAACAAUGAACUUCUUGCAAGGGAACUAUUCUGGUAUCCCUCUUCUCCUUUUC